CGGGGCAGCGUCCUCCUCAUCGCUCUCGGGGUUGGCUUCUCCUCCCCUUCCGGUUCGGGUUCUGGUUCGGUUCGGGUUCGGUUCGAGAGAGAGGCCGAGUAGCUAGCCUAGUCUAGGGUUUCGGUAGAGAGGAAGGGAGAUCCAUGGCGGAGACGGAGUACCGCUGCUUCGUGGGCGGCCUCGCCUGGGCCACCGACGACAACAACCUCCAGCAGGCCUUCAGCCAGUACGGCGAGAUCCUCGACGCCAAGAUCAUCAACGACCGCGAGACGGGGAGGUCCCGUGGGUUCGGCUUCGUCACGUUCGGCAGCGAGGAGUCGAUGCGCCAGGCCAUCGAGGAGAUGAACGGCAAGGAGCUCGACGGGCGCAACAUCACCGUCAACGAGGCCCAGUCCCGCCGCUCCGGCGGUGGGGGCGGCGGCGGCGGCUACGGCGGCCAGCGCGGCGGUGGCGGAGGCUACGGCGGCGGCGGUGGCGGCUACGGCGGCCAGGGCGGCGGCGGCUACGGCCAGGGCGGCGGUGGCGGCUACGGCCAGGGCGGUGGUGGCUACGGCGGCCAGCGUGGUGGCGGCGGCUACGGCGGCGGCGGCGGUGGCUACGGCGGCGGCGGUGGCGGCUACGGCGGCCAGCGCGGCGGCGACUCCGGCGGCCAGUGGAGGAACUGAGCGGCGCGGCCCUCCAGUUAUCGAUCUAUCUACCAUCUCGUCGUCUUCGUCAGCAAGUUAUCUUCAGUGUCGUCGUCGUCGUGUUCCUGUGUCAGUCAGUCUUGAGUCGUGUGUGUCGUUCGGUCCUGU